AAUAAUAAUAAUUGAACGGAUUGUGUUGCGCUGAUUAGUUUUUAAUCAUUUUUUCGUGUUAAGAUCAAAACUUUAAAGGAUAACUUAUGUGUACACGAAAAUAAAAAAUAAUAAUCGUGUUUGACAGAUGAUCCAUCCUUGAAAAAAAAAAAGAAAAAAGUAAAACAAAAAUUUCGGAAGCACGCAAAUUAACUGGUGAUUCAGGAUCAAUUUUUUCAAAUUUCAUUAUUAAACCUAGCUAACCUUUGUGAACAAAAUCAUGGACGAUCCAGAGCUACAAGCUAUUCGCCAACAGCGACUCCAGCAAAUGCAGGGUGGAAAUGCCGACCAGCAGAAAGCGAAGGAAGAACAGAUGGCCGCCCAGGAGGAUAUGAAAAACUCGAUGCUGUCGCAGCUCCUAGAUCAGAAUGCUCGGGCCCGUUUGAACACCUUAAAACUGAGCAAACCCGACAAAGCUCAGAUGGUCGAGGGCAUGAUCAUCCGGAUGGCCCAGAUGGGUCAGAUCGGCGACAAACUGGACGAUGCCUCGCUGGUCAAGCUGCUGGAAAGUCUCAAUCAACAGAUGCCUCGCAGCAAUUCGACGGUCAAGUUUGACCGGCGAAGGGCUGCCCUCGAUUCGGACGACGACGAUGACUAUGGCAUAUGAAUCUAGGACCGCUUGGCUGGGAUUGUUGCUGUGUGGGCUAUUCGAAUUGAUAUUUUGCACACUCGCCGAGUGUCAGAAAAAAAAAUUGAACAGAUGUCUUGAAUGCUUGAGCUUCGCCGAUUGCUGAAUGCUAUUUUAAGGCCGGAAUAAAAUACAUUUAUAACAACACUUCCCUA